UCCUCUAGUCUCGUCCGAUUAAAUCGCUUGCCACGUUUGGGCCAGAACGGCAUUAGAGUCGCUGGAAUGGCCACCGUUCGAUUGAACGUGAGGUGGAUUGAGGGACCAUGUCGUUGGACGAUAGACCCCGGACGCAGUCAUGGCGCAUUGAACUGGUUCCUCGAGGGUUGGCACAUUCAGCAACAGACAAUUCCUGAUGAGUCUUGCGUGGCGAUGGUUUGGUAAUCAAGGCUUCUCUUCAGCUGCUACUCCUUUCUUGGCUUGUCUCGAGCAGGCUUCUUGCAGGACGACAAUUCUGAUGGGGUGCACGAAAAUUCAGACAGGACCAGUGGGGGCGACGCUGGCGACGAGUCUGAUAAUAGUUGCAGUACUCCUGGCCUGGCCACCGUGGCUGUACCGUUGAUGUUCCUUGCCACUUACCUCUCCACCAACGGGCAAUGAACAGGAUGC